AUUAUAUACUUUAUAUAGUAUGCCAAACCACUUUUAAGUUGUAAAGUAAAAAUGGAUUGGUUGAGGUUAAGUUUGAUUUGCAUGUGGAUGUGCAUCAGUUAUGGAGCACCUCAAGGUGAAAAAGAAGUUAAAAUAAUCAGUCAAACCAAUGAAAUAACGCCAGAAGGAGGUUAUAAAUGGAGUUUUGAAGCUGAUAAUGGUAUAAAAGCGGACGAAACUGGUACUUUAAAAAAAACCAACGACCCAGAGAAUCCCAAUGUAAUAGUCGCUCAAGGUAGUUACGAAUACACGGACAAAGAUGGUAAAAAAAUCGCCCUGACCUACGUAGCAGACGACGAAGGCGGAUUCCAACCACAAGGAGAUCAUUUACCAACACCUCCUCCGAUCCCACCAAAUAUUCAAAGAGCUCUCGAUUAUAUAGCAUCACAACCAUCAACUACGGAACGAAACGGCAGAAAAUAAACGAACUGAAGCAAUAAAUCUCAUUUCGAAAUAUUGAUACUCUGUGAUAUACCUAAAAGAUUAUUUCCCAUCGAGAAUUUGGUAUUAUUUGAACACCGACACGGAUUAUGGCCAUUUUACGACCUGGUAUAUGAUUUUAUUUUCAAAUUUGAGGGGUAAUCGUAUUCAUUAAUAACAAAUGAAUACAAUUAUCUCAAUAUUUUGAAGAAUAAAUAUUUAAUAUUGUAAUUAUAUUUGUGAAUAAAUGCUUCAACAAUUAUAA